AUGGCACCAAAGCAACCUGCAAAGGUCGGAAAAAGUCCAACCAAGCCAAGGGAGCCCAAAGAGUCGGAUUUGAAAAGACAGCUCUUAUUCCUGUGGACCUGCCACAAGGUCUCGAAUGUUCACAUUGACUUUCCAGCCGUCGCCAGACACCUUGGUAUCAAGCACACGGCCGCAACAAUGAGAUUUCAGCGUCUGAAGAAGAAGCUUGAUGCAAUGGAAGCUUCCACAAAGAGUGACGACCAGGACCAGGACAAGGAUGACCAGGGAAAAGCUCGGAGUAAGGAGCAGACUGAGGACAAUACUGAGGAUCAGGAUGAUUCCAUGGACGAGAUUCCUCCCGAUAGUGAUUAA